AACCCACCCCUCCCCUCAGCCCAGGCGGGGAACAAAGGGAAAUGAGAGGGGCUGGAGCAGGCUGCAGCGGGCGCCUGCGGCGGGCGAGCGUGCCAGCAGUGCCAGCCGUGCUGCGGGCGCCGGCAGCAGCAGCAGCAGCAGCUCCUGUGGCCCAGCGAGGCGCUCGGAUGCGGCACGUCCCUGGGGGCAGCCGGGGCCCCCGAAGCCCGCGGCUGCUGGCAUGGCGAGGUGCGUGCCGGGCGCUCUCCUCCACGAGGGACGGGGCCGUUUUGGAGCCAUCUGGGCGAUGGGCAGCGGGGCCGGGGUCACCGGAGCAUGCGGACGGCGACGCUGCAGGGUGCGAGGUCCUCGCCGCGGUGCCAGGGCAAAUGCCAUAGGAUGACCGCUGCUGGUCCCCUCUUACUGGGUGUGAUUUCGUCUGUCCUGUGGCUCACGCGGGGCUUCGACCCGGCUCCCAGCGCCUGCUCAGCCCUGGCCUCCGGCGUCCUGUACGGCUCCUUCUCGCUCAAGGACCUCUUCCCCACCAUCUCCUCCGGCUGCUCCUGGACCCUGGAGAACCCCGACCCCACCAAGUACUCGCUGUACCUCCGCUUCAACCGCGAGGAGCAGGUCUGCACCCACUUCUCGCCCAUGGUGCUGCCGCUCGACCACUACCUGGCCAACUACACCUGCGACCCGCGCGGCGAGGCCGCCAGCCCCCCGCCCUCCCCGCGGCGCCCGCAGGAGGAGGAGGAAGAGGAGGAGGAGGAGGAGGACGAAGCCGAGCUGGAGCUGUGCGAGGGCGCGGGGCCCUUCACCUUCCUGCACUUCGACAAGAACUUCGUGCAGCUCUGCCUGGCGGCCGAGCCCGAGGCGGCGCCGCGCCUGCUGGCCCCCCAGGCCCUGGAGUUUCGCUUCGUGGAGGUGCUGCUCAUCAACAACAACAACUCCAGCCAGUUCACCUGCAGCGUGCUGUGCCGCUGGCUCGAGGAGUGCCUGCAGGCGCCCGGCACCCGCCGCUGCGGCCUCACCCACGCCGGCUGCAGCUGCCAGGCGGAGAGCCCCCCGGCCCCGCGCCACAACGGCUCGGGGCACGCCGCCCGCACGCCCGCCCCGCCGCCCCCCGCCGCCGCCCCCACCGAGCGCUGCUGCCCCCCCGAGCUGCAUUCUGCGAAUGCCAACGGGUUCGACCUGCCCGAGGUGCCGCACGGCAAUGCGGUUGAGGAGAACCAGAAGGUGAAAACCCAGUGGCCCCGGUCGGCGGACGAGCCGGGUGUCUACAUGGCCCAGACAGGGGACCCCGCGGCAGAGGAGUGGUCCCAGUGGAGCGUCUGCUCCCUGACGUGCGGGCAGGGCUCCCAGGUGCGGACGCGCUCCUGCGUCUCCUCUCCCUACGGGACGCUGUGCAGCGGGCUGCUGCGCGAGACGCGGACCUGCAACAACACGGCCACCUGCCCAGUUCACGGCGUGUGGGAGGAGUGGUCCCCGUGGAGCCUGUGCUCAGUGACCUGCGGGCGAGGGGCCAGGACCAGGACGCGGCGGUGCGUGGCCCCGCGGCACGGAGGGAAAGCCUGCGAGGGCCCCGAGCUGCAGGCCAAGCCCUGCAAUAUCGCGACCUGCCCGGUGGAAGGGCAGUGGCUGGAGUGGGGCGCCUGGAGCCGCUGCUCCGUCACCUGCGCCAACGGCACGCAGCAGCGCACGCGCAAGUGCAGCGUCUCGGCCCACGGCUGGGCAGAGUGCCGGGGGGCCCACGCCGACGCCCGCGAGUGCUCCAACCCCACGUGUCCCACCGACAGCAAGUGGGGCCCCUGGAACCACUGGAGCCUCUGCUCCAAGACCUGCGACACGGGCUGGCAGCGCCGCUUCCGCAUGUGCGAGGGCACCGGCGUGCAGGGCUACCCCUGCGAGGGCACGGGCGAGGAGGUGAAGACCUGCAACGAGAAGAAGUGCCCAGCCUACCACGAGAUGUGCAAGGACGAGUACGUCAUGCUGAUGACCUGGAAGAAGACCGCCGCCGGGGACGUCAUCUACAACAAGUGUCCCCCCAACGCCACAGGGUCCGCCAGCCGCCGGUGCCUGCUGAGCCCCCACGGGGUCGCGUACUGGGGUGUGCCCAGCUUUGCCCGCUGCAUCUCCCACGAGUACCGAUACUUACAUCUCUCACUGCGGGAGCACCUGGCCAAGGGGCAGCGGGUGCUGGCGGGCGAGGGCAUGUCGCAGGUGGUGCGGAGCCUGCUGGAGCUCAUGGCCCGCAAGACCUACUACAGCGGGGACCUGCUCUUCUCCGUGGAGAUCCUGCGCAACGUCACCGACACCUUCAAGAGGGCUACCUACACCCCGUCCUCCGAGGACGUGCAGCGCUUCUUCCAGGUGGUGAGCUACAUGGUGGACGCGGAGAACCGGGACAAGUGGGAGGACGCGCAGCAGGUCUCUCCCGGCUCCGUGCACCUGAUGAAGGUGGUGGAGGACUUCAUCCACCUGGUGGGGGACGCGCUGAAGGCUUUCCAGAGCUCCCUCAUCGUCACCGACAACCUGGUGAUCAGCAUCCAGCGCGAGCCCGUCUCCGCCGUCUCCAGCGACAUCAACUUCCCCAUGAAGGGGCGCCGGGGCAUGAAGGACUGGGCGCGCAGCUCCGAGGACAAGCUCUUCAUCCCCAGGGAGGUGCUCAGCCUCGCCUCCACCGGUACGGUGCGCUGGGCGCGUGUGAGCUGGCAUCGCGUGGCGCACGCACCUGGGGCUGUGUGGGCGUGUGGGCGUGCACGUCUGGUGCUGUGCACACGUGUGAGCGUGCACCUCCAGGAGACUGCGUGCGGACGGGUGUGCACGUGCGUGAGCUGGUGUGUCUGGGGCUGCGUGGGGGCAGGUUUGUGGCUGGCACAUCUGGAAGUGUGCGUGCGUGUGCGAGCACGCGGGUGGCAUCCUGCCAGCCCACGGCUCUGCAGGUCUCCGUGCCAGCACCCGUGUCGGAGGGGGCGCGUGUUCUCGCCCCCGUGUCUGGAGCAGCCGCGUGGGCUCGCCCGUGUCUGCGUCUGCUCGCCGGGUGCACGUGUGCCGUGCGUGCCCGCGCGUGUGCCGGGCGCUGGCUCCGCGCCUUCCCCGGGCCCCGGCGCCGCUCUCCUUCCCCUCUCUCCGGAGCUGGACGAGUCGUCCCACUUCGUCAUCGGGGCCGUGCUGUACCGCACGCUGGGGCUGAUCCUGCCCCCGCCCAGGGCCCCCCUGGCCGUCACCUCCAAGGUGCUGACGGUGACCGUGCGCCCGCCGACCAAGCCUGCCGAGCCCCUGGUCCUGGUGGAGCUCUCCCACGUCAUCAACGGCACGUCCCACCCGCAGUGCGUCACCUGGGACUACUCGAGGACGGAUGCUGGCUUGGGAAACUGGGACACGGAGAGCUGCCAAACCCUGGAGACCCUCCCGGCGCACACCAAAUGCCAGUGCCGCCAGCUCGCCACCUUCGCCGUCCUCGCCCAGCUGCCCAGAGACCUGGCCAUGGACCCCUCGGGCACCCCCUCGGUGCCGCUGAUGAUCGGCUGCGCCGUCUCCUGCAUGGCCCUGCUGACCCUGCUGGUGAUCUACGCUGCCUUCUGGAGGUUCAUCAAGUCAGAGCGCUCCAUCAUCCUGCUCAACUUCUGCGUCUCCAUCCUGGCCUCCAACAUCCUCAUCCUCGUGGGGCAGUCCCAGAUGCUCAGCAAGGGCGUGUGCACCAUGACGGCCGCCUUCCUCCACUUCUUCUUCCUCUCCUCCUUCUGCUGGGUGCUGACGGAGGCCUGGCAGUCCUACCUGGCAGUGAUCGGCCGGAUCCGGACACGCCUGGUCAGGAAGCGCUUCCUCUGCUUGGGAUGGGGUUUGCCAGCCCUCGUGGUCGCCGUCUCCGUCGGCUUCACGCGGACCAAAGGCUACGGGACGGCGAGCUACUGCUGGCUCUCGCUGGAGGGCGGUCUGCUCUACGCCUUCGUGGGACCCGCUGCCGUCAUUGUGCUGGUGAACAUGCUGGUCGGCAUCAUCGUGUUCAACAAGCUCAUGUCCCGCGACGGCAUUUCAGAUAAGUCCAAAAAGCAGCGAGCUGGGGCAUCGCUGUGGAGCUCCUGCGUGGUUCUGCCUCUGCUGGCGCUGACCUGGAUGUCGGCCGUGCUCGCCAUGACCGACCGGCGCUCCAUCCUCUUCCAGGUCCUCUUCGCCGUCUUCAACUCCGUCCAGGGCUUCGUCAUCAUCACCGUGCACGGCUUCCUGCGCCGAGAGGUCCAGGACGUGGUGAAGUGUCAGGUGGGGGGGUGCAGGGGCGAGGAGAACGAAAACUCCCCCGACUCCUGCAAGAACGGGCAGGUGCAGAUCCUGACAGAUUUUGAAAAGGACGUUGACCUGGCGUGCCAGACAGUGCUGUUCAAGGAGGUGAACACCUGCAACCCUGCCACCAUCACCGGCACCUUGUCCCGCAUCUCCCUGGACGGAGACGAAGACCCCAAGCUCAACACCAGCUCGGAGGGCGGCCUGGGCUUCUCCAGCCUGCCGGGCAACAUCCCCGCGCCCAGCAUCCUGGUGCAGGUGCCCAAGAUGACCCCCAACGUGGUGGCGGAGCUGGGCGAGCCGCCGGCGCAGCCGGUGGGGCUGGAGGCGCAGGGCCCCGUGUACCUGUGCACCGAGAGCAGCCUGCGGCCCGUGGACUACGGCUGGCUGCGGGCCCCGGAGCCGCCGCGGGAGAGCGACUACAUGGUGCUGCCGCGCCGCAGCGCCAGCCUCAAGCCCUUCCAGCGAGAGGACGGGCAGCUCGAGGAGGGGGCGCCCGGCGGGAAGGGGCGCCCGGCGGGCGAGGGGGACGCCUACCCCAGCUUCAUCUCGGUGGAGCACGUCAACGUGAACCUGAGCCAGCCCUACGGGACGGUGAAGCACCCCUACGGGCUCCAGUUCAAGCAGCACCCCACGGUGCGGCAGAUCCUGGCCUCGGAGCUGUCGGAGCGCAGCCGCACCAUGCCCCGCACCGUCCCCGGCUCUGCCAUGAAAGUGGGGUCCUUGGAGAGGAAGAGGUUGCGGUACUCCGACCUGGAUUUCGAGAAGGUGAUGCACACGCGGAAGCGCCACUCCGAGCUCUACCACGAGCUCAACCAGAAGUUCCACACGCUGGACCGGUACCGGGCCCCCGCUGCCGGUACCUCCAAGCGAGAAAAGCGGUGGAGCGUCUCUUCGGGCGGCGGGGAGAAGGGCACGGCCACGGAUGCGGCCAGCCCCGAUGCGCAGCAGCCGCCGGCCGCGCCACCCAAGCCGUGGAGCACGUUCAAGGCAAUGACGCUGGGCUCCCUGCCCAGCGCCCACCGCGACCGGCUCGAGCUGCGCUGCGCCGACUGGGAGGGUCCCUGCACCGGCCUGGAUGCGGCCGACGGCGACUUCCAGACGGAGGUGUGAGGGGGGAGCCCCAGCGCCCUGCCCGCCACCGCCGCCUUCGCCCGGGGCACCCCGCAGCAGGAGCAGCCCGGACGCCGCCUUUGCUCCAUCCUCCUCCACACCUGGGGGGGGGUCCCUGCGGGGGGAACCGUACGCACCCGCCGCCCCCCACCCGUCGCCGUUGCGGUUCCUCCUCCCCACUGCUCCCCCCCGGGACAUGGGUGCGGAGGGGACACGCGCACCCCCACGCACCCCCACCGAUCACUUGCGCACCCGCUCGGCACCCGCCCGGCCGCCGAGGCCCUGGCAUCUCCGUUCUUUUCUACCGGGACGUUUCUUCACGCAGUGCACCGUGUGCACGCGCGCGGUGGCCCCGGGCACCCCACGCCGGGUGGCCCCGUGGCCGGGCGCCCUCGCCCCGUGGCCGCCCCCUCCCAGCCGUCCCCACCGUCCCCCCCUCCACGGGGCAGGUGCUGUCGUUGUUGGAAAUAAAAGUUCACUCUCUGUGGUGCCGUGGGGCCGCGG